AUGUCAAAGCUAAUCGAGGUGUUUCUGGGUAAUCUGUGGACGCAGCGUUUUACCUUCGCCCGAAUGGGUUUGGAUUUGCAGCCCGAUAAAAAGGGCAAUGUUUUGCGAUCUCCGCUUCUUUAUUGUAUUAUGUGUCUGACAACAAGCUUUGAGCUCUGCACCGUGUGCGCCUUUAUGGUCCAAAAUCGCAACCAAAUCGUGCUUUGUUCCGAGGCCCUGAUGCACGGACUACAGAUGGUCUCCUCGCUACUGAAGAUGGCUAUAUUCUUGGCCAAAUCUCACGACCUGGUGGACCUAAUUCAACAGAUUCAGUCGCCUUUUACAGAGGAGGAUCUUGUAGGUACAGAGUGGAGAUCCCAAAAUCAAAGGGGACAACUAAUGGCUGCCAUUUACUUUAUGAUGUGUGCCGGUACGAGUGUGUCAUUUCUGUUGAUGCCAGUGGCUUUGACCAUGCUUAAGUACCAUUCCACUGGGGAAUUCGCGCCUGUCAGCUCGUUCCGGGUUCUGCUUCCAUACGAUGUGACACAACCGCAUGUUUAUGCCAUGGACUGCUGCUUGAUGGUAUUUGUGUUAAGUUUUUUUUGCUGCUCCACCACCGGAGUGGAUACCUUAUAUGGAUGGUGUGCUUUAGGCGUGAGUUUACAAUACCGUCGCCUCGGUCAACAACUUAAAAGGAUACCCUCCUGUUUCAAUCCAUCUCGGUCUGACUUUGGAUUAAGUGGGAUUUUUGUGGAGCAUGCUCGUCUGCUUAAAAUAGUCCAACAUUUUAAUUAUAGUUUUAUGGAGAUCGCAUUUGUGGAGGUUGUUAUAAUCUGUGGACUCUAUUGCUCAGUAAUUUGUCAGUAUAUAAUGCCACACACCAACCAAAACUUCGCCUUUCUGGGUUUCUUUUCAUUGGUAGUUACCACACAGCUGUGCAUCUAUCUUUUCGGUGCCGAACAGGUCCGUUUGGAGGCUGAGCGAUUUUCCCGGCUGCUAUACGAAGUAAUUCCUUGGCAAAACCUUCCUCCUAAACACCGGAAACUUUUCCUUUUUCCAAUUGAGCGCGCCCAACGAGAAACUGUUCUCGGUGCUUAUUUCUUCGAACUAGGCAGACCUCUUCUUGUUUGGAUAUUUCGCACAGCAGGCUCUUUUACAACUUUGAUGAACGCUCUCUACGCAAAAUACGAAACGCAUUAAAAAACAAAG